CGACCCAUCUUAAGAUGCCGAUCAAGAAAGCCAAGACGAUAAAUGUCAGACCGGCCUUUUGACUUCUCAGAGAAAUUAAAGAUUGCCCAUUCACUCUGCUUCUUUUUCUUAGUCAAACCAGACUACUGCGAGAUGAGUCUUCACGUCGAUGAGGUAGCUAGAGAAAAUGAGCUUCUAAAAUAUGAUGAAUCCGAGUAUUUGUUGAUGGCUGAAAUUUCACCAGUGGGGUUUGAUACACUGUUCUCAAAGCUGAAAGAAGUCAAAGCAGAGGAAAGGCAAAAGUGAACUUAGAGGAAGAUUCCAUGUGAAUAAACUUACAAACACUCA